AUGGAGACCAUCAACUCCCGCCACAACCGCAACUUAUCCAAUGUCGCCAAAUUUGUUCCGAAACGGCUCAGGAAGCGCCUGAGAGAUAAUAUCAUGGGCAUUGCCAAACCUACUACUAUCCGUCGUCUCGCCCGCCGCGGUGGCGUAAUUCGGAUUCAGAAGGACAUUUACGAUACCGUCCGGUCCGUGGUUCUCGAACGUCUGCGGGAGAUCAUCCGGAGACUCGUCAAUUUGCUUGAAGGUUCGAAGUAUCCUAAUAGAGAGCGCAAGACGGUUACCACUCGUGAUGUGAGUUGUGUUCAUAUUGCAUGGCAUGGGAAAUUCUGUCUACGGGUUUGA